AUGCCCCGAGACCUUCAAGAUCGCGGGCAACGGAGACCCAGGGAACGAGACACGAAGGGAAACAUCACACCGGCAUCUUCUGGGGAAACCAAUCCUUCAAAGACGAGGUCCCGUGCCCAUCACGUGACAGAGAGUAUGCCGGAACGAAUCAAGGAAAACGUCAAAGUCCCCGAAUCGAUCCCCUAUUCCAGCCCAGCGUCUGAAUUCAUCUACGGUACGAGCGCCGUGGAAGCAGCAUUGCGAUGUGGCAGGCGGAAGCUAUACAAGUUAUACCUCUAUCAACGAGCUGGGGAGGACCUGGGUCCUGCUAAAGUUGCUCUUCGAAAGCUGGCUCUCUCGAAGAACAUUGAUAUCAAACUCGCUUUUGCAGGUUGGGACAGGCUUCUAGACAAGAUGUCUGCCGGUCGCCCACACAAUGGAUGUGUCCUUGAGGCCUCGCCUCUGCCUAAACUCCCUGUGCGUGGCCUUCAUGCUGUUCCUGCGAUAUCCGAGAGCCACUUUCGGGUAGAAUUAGCACCUCAAUCGCGGGAGGAGGCUGCAGUGAACGGUACCAAUGAUCAUAUCCCGAUUCUACAUCCUUCAGAUCCCUCUUCAGGCCAACAAACCCAUCGAUACCCCGUGGCCUUGCUGUUGGAUGGAGUGGUGGAUUCCGGUAACAUAGGUGCGAUCAUACGGUCUGCUUAUUAUCUUGGCAUUGAUGCGAUAAUCUUUGCUGGGCGCCAAUCCGCUCCUCUAUCUCCCGUGACGAUCAAGGCUUCCGCCGGUGCAGCGGAAAAUAUGACUUUGCUGCAUGCUCAGAACGAGGUGGAUUUCAUUAAGCGCUCGAAGGAGAAUGGAUGGCGGUUCUAUGCUGCUGAUGCACCUGGCCCCGGUGCCACCUACCUGGACCGGGCUAUGGCCGAUGGCGAAACGGUACUUCCCACAAUGCACUCGCCCAGUGUCAUCAUGAUGGGGAGUGAGGCCUCAGGACUGAAUGCACACAUCAAGUCACAUGCGGAUUCCAUCGUCAGCAUUCCAGGUGCCCGUCAUAGCGCUCAUCUGGGUGUUGAAUCCGACCCGGCCCGCAUUGAUAGUUUGAAUGUGAGCGUUGCCGCGGCACUGUUGAUGGAGAUGUUCUUGCGAACCCCGCUUGCGAUGUCUGAGCCGAUCAAGAAGAGCAACGGCCGAGUGUGGUGA